AUGGUUCCUAGUGGUCAUUCAUAUGCUAAUUUAAGUGUAUUAUCUUAUCAUUGGUAUUGUACAACAGCAUCAACUAUUCCAUCAAAUGUAUUAUCAAUUAUCCCAUCCAAUGUAUUAUCCAUUAUUCCACCAGAGCUAUUAUCAAUUAUUCCACCACAGGUAUUAGCACUUAUCCCGUUAGAUGUAUUACAAAGUAUCAUAUCACAAAUAUUAUCAAUUAUCCCACAAGAGGUAUUAACUGUAUUAGCAACAGAAGUAUCAUGUAAUACACAAGGUAAUAUGUUAUUUCAAGCGGUUGACCAAGAUAUUGAACAAACGGGUGGUUCAUCAUUUUUAACAGAAUUUGGAUUUGAUGGAAGAACUGAUACUGGUGCACAACAAAAUUAUUUUACUUUGGAUAAAUGUGAUCAAUAUUUUCAAUCAUGGACUGUAUGGGGUAUGAGUUUUCUUAAUGAAUCCAAUCAUAUUCAAUAUGAUAUUCUAUCACAAUUUAAUCGACCAUAUGCAUAUGCUAUUGCUGGUCAACCACUAUUAAUGUUCUAUGAUCGUAGUAAUACACGUUGUUUCACAUUAAAAUAUGCAAUUGAUCUAACAAUUACCUGUCCAUCACUAAUUUAUUUACCUUCAACGAUUUAUCGAACAUUAAAUGGUUAUAGCAUUACAUUAACAUGUGAAUUGCAAUGGAGUGUUAAUAUAGAAGAUCCAAAUUUAAUUGAUAUUAAAACAACAAGUUUAACUGAAAAUGGAUGUUGUGCUAUCGUUACAAUAUGUCCAUCUUCAUCUUAA